CAUUAUUUUCUACGAUAAAAGGAGAAGAAAGAAAGAGUGAGAUAAUUUCGUCGCUGAAAGACUUAGCUCUGCUAUACAUUGUGGUGCCAUGGCGGCUCGUGCAGCAGCGGCAGCUGCUUCCCUCCACCAUCGCAACCCAUCUUUACUACUGCCACGAGCUCUUCUGCUUCCAGUUCUCUUCCGCCAAACAGGUUUCUCAUGUAACAAUUUUCGGUUCAACCAAUUAUCCUCAACUGCCCGGUUCUCUUCCAUCGCUAAACCUCCUUCAAUUCCGGUUCGUGCUCAAGCUAAGCGAAGCUUUUCAUUUAAAGAAGAAGAAAUAGCUACACGUAAGCACACCUCAAAAAAAACUGCUGAUCUUUGUUUCGAGGAGCCGCUAAAAAUCGUGGAAUAUCCGGACCCAAUACUGAGAAGGAAAAACAAGAGAAUAGAUACAUUUGAUGAUAAUUUAAAGAAGCUUGUUGAUGAGAUGUUUGAUGUUAUGUACAAAACUGAUGGGAUCGGACUCUCAGCACCACAAGUAGGAAUUAAUGUUCAACUUAUGGUGUUUAAUCCAGUUGGUGAACGUGGUGAGGGAGAGGAAAUUGUUCUCAUUAAUCCAAGGUUAAACAAAUAUUCAAAGAAAAUAGUUCCUUUUAAUGAAGGAUGCUUGUCUUUUCCUGGGAUCUAUGCUGAUGUGCUGAGACCAGAAUCUGUGAAGAUUGACGCAAGGGACAUUAAUGGUGCAAGGUUUACUGUUAACUUGUCCGGUCUUCCUGCACGGGUUUUCCAGCACGAAUAUGAUCAUUUGGAGGGCAUUCUGUUCUUUGAUAGAAUGACUGAUGAAGUUCUUGACAGUAUUCGUGCACAGCUACAGGCUUUGGAAAAGAAAUUCGAGGAUAAGACUGGAUAUGCAAGCCCUGAAAAGAUUGAAACGCGCAAAACAAAGAAGGCUGCUGCUGGUUUUGGAAAGUCAUGAUUGCAGACAUUGGCUUCUUCAGAUGCAUCAGAACAGAUGAAAGUUAGGGCAGUGCUGCAUAUAAUGUGCUUCUUCGAAUUUGCUGAGCUAAAGUUUCGGGUUGAACAUAUGAACAUGUAUUUCAAGGCAGCUGUUGCACUGGAUUUGGAUGCUUGCUUUGGCGAUUAUUGACAAUAGAAACUUAAGAAAUGUGUGUAUAAACAUGGAUAUUUAAUAGAAUGUUUUGUUUGUAGAGAUAAGAUAUCUUCCAUUAUCAUUGCAUAAACAUGUGCUGAAAAAUAAUUUCUGUUUUUCUACCCUAUUUCUGGUUCCUGAUGUCAUGACACUUGUUCAGGGUUGCAGAAAUGUGGAGCUUUAAGUGUUGGUGUAUGAAGAUUGGUUUAUUUGGCAAUUAAAUUCAGCAUAAGUUGUCUGGAGACAAUCUCAGUUCCUUAAAUACACUUCUGAAGUUAUUAUUUUGUA